AUGAAUGGUUUAGAUAGUAUAAAUGACAGCGGGAGUUAUCUAGAUGUUGAUGAUGAAAGUGAUUUUGACUGUUUGGAAGAAACACCCGAAAGAAGUGAAGAAGAAACGGCAGACAGUGAUGAUGACAUUGAACAAGGUGCACCAGUGAAACGUGCACGAAAUGAAGACUGGAAAUGGCAAGAAAUCGACAGCUCUUAUGUCUCUUUGAAAACACCAUUCUUUGGUAAAUGUGGACCUGUGAUACAGGUAAAUUCUGCAGCUGAAGUGUUCAAGCUGUAUUUCGGUGAAAGCAUCAUAGAAACAAUCAUGUGUGAAACUAACCGUUAUGCUGCAGAUUGUAUACAAAAACAGACUGUUCUACAACCUCGUUCUAGGCUAAAUGUUGAUGGAAUUAUUCAGAAGCCAUCCAUAAAGUUGUACUUCUGCAAGCAUCCACUUUUGAACAAGCUGAUUUUUUACCAGAGUAUACAAGAAGACAGGUUUGAGCUACUUUGCAGAUUCCUUCAUUUUGUAAACAAUGAAGAACUGAAUACAUUUGAAGGCAAUAAGAGAUUGUUCAAGUUGGGUUCCAUCAUUCAGCACUCGAAUGAUACAUUUAGAAAUACAUACAACAUGGGAGAAAACAUUUCUAUUGAUGAAUCUCUUACAUUAUGGAAAGGAAGGCUGGAAAUGAAAACCUAUCUACCUCUAAAAUCAGCAAAGUUUGGAAGUUCCACAAAAAUAGAAAUGAAAUUUCUUUCUGCAGAUCCCCUGAAAACCAGUCAGAUUGCAGUGAAAUUUGUUAAGCCUCUUUUCAACUUAGGCCAUAUGCUCAGGAUGGACUAUCAUUAUAACAGCGUUCUUUUGUCCCACUUUUUGAAGGAAAGAGGUAUGAAUAGGAAAGGUGAACUCAUAGCAUAUCAUUCACAUGGCGUAAUGGUACUCAAAUGGGUGGAUAAAAAGCAGGUUGCCUUUAUUUCCAUAUUUCAUAAUGAUGCAGUUGUUACGGAAACCAAAAGCGUCAACAAGGUAAGAAACCCCCAGUGCAUAAAAAAGUACAAUAGUUUUAUGGGCGGUGUAGAUUUGAAGGAUCAGAAACUACAACCUUUCCUCAUGGAAAGGAAGAAAGGUGUAAAGUGGUAUAUGAAAAUGUUUAGAAGGCUGAUGAAUGUUGCAGUGAACAAUGCUUUUAUUGUUUACAAUGCUAGCGAAAAAACAACGGAAGAAACAUAUAUAAAUUACAGGCUUCUAUUCAUAACACAACUGCUGGAAAUUCACGGGAAGAAUGUAACUUUACCUCGAUGUAGGCGACCUUCAAAACCUCCUGUGUCUGAACGGCUCACAGCAAGGCAUUUUAUUGAGAAGAUCCCACCCACAGAGAAGAAGAGUAAGCCUACAAAGAGAUGUUCAGUCUGCUGCAAGAAGAUGGUGAAACGUAAGGAAACAUCGUUCUGGUGCAAGGACUGUGGUGUAGGACUUUGUUUUGAAGAUUGUUUCAAAAUAUACCACACUCAAAAUUCAUUUUAA